AUGACGACGACCCGGAACACCGCAGAAAACACGCUGACUACAAAAACUCAGUCGGCAAUAGCUCAAAACCCGUUAAUCACGAUAUGGAUCCUACUCGAAGGAAAAUCAAGUGCCGUGAAAUUCGUUAUCAAUUCUGAUGAUUUCUUUUCGCAUAACCCGGAUUUGGACGACUUUAAACAGUUGCUGAUUAAAAGAUUCAAAGUCCUUAAUCACGUCGAGCCGGUUGAUCUUGAGAUAUACAAUUCUAAGGAUCUUUCACAAACGCUUUUGUCAGAUACUAGUCUGGCAACAUUAAAUACUUCGGCUGAGUCACCGCUUUUCGUAAGGUACCCAUUAUCGAGUUCGAGUAUUAAUGUUAAUUUCAAAUUUUUACACAACUCGGGUGACUACCGCAUGCCGCAUUACAGUAAUUCCUGGGCUCUGUUACGUGAUGCUGCGGUAAAGAAGUUUGAUCAUUUAACCACCAGUGAUUUUUAUUUCGUCGUGCAAGAUGACUCGGCGGAGGAAAUUGAUAAUGAAUUUCAAUUCAAUAAUUUAAUGUCGAGAACGCCACGAAAUAAUUUAGAUGAAUGUGUUCUUAAUUUAAGAGUUCAAAUUAAAGGGAAAAAAUCAUAUGGCGAUUGGAAGCUUAAAGAAGUAUUCGAAGACGUACUCCACCAAGACUUUAUAUCGCUCAACACCACACCAACAUUCAACCUCGACUAUCUUCCCGCGCUGGACAAUCCACUCACCCGCGAAGAACUAGAAUUCUUCGUAAAGAAACUCGACGAGAAACUGCACGCAUUCAACAAGGAAAUCAAUAUUAACCAGGCGACUAUGCACGAGUAUGUGUCGAUACUUAUGACCACCGCAGUUCGUAAUGUUCAGUUGCAUUCGUUUAAUUCGGCACGGCUGAGUGUAAAGAUUGAUCUUGAUGGAAGUCGUAGUUACGGGCCGGUUGAUUAUAUGGUGGAUAUCGACGGCAGUAUGGUGUUGGUGGUCAAAACGAAGAAUGAAGAUACUGAUAAGGAGGUUGCGCAAAAUAUUAUGCAGAUGCAUACUGCUAUAGAGAAAUUGAUAAACAAACGUAAACUCGCCCUAAAAGACACCGACCAGCCACAGCCAUAUCAACCACCAUUAUCAAUGUUUGGCAUCGUAACAACCGGCUACUCCUGGCGAUUCAUUCGUUGGACUGGCAGUUUAGAAACUCCCAAAGUACAAAUCUCAGGAGAGUAUGUUUGUGAUUUCACAGGCGACAUGCAGAGCGCAAAAAAGAUGCUGUCGUAUAUCGUGAGAGUACUGCAAAUGCAAGCUUUGUCAUUACGGAGUGAGAAGCCGCUAAUUCAUAGAAGCAUUCUUGAUUAUGUGUAG